GGUGCAUUAUCAUCUGCCUUGGAUACAAGCCCGUGAGCAGUAUUGCCUCCCUGCCCUAGGAAAUUAUCUUUUUUACAUAGUGCCCUCUGGGCAAAUUACACAGCACAGUCUAUGCCUUGGGCAACCUGGGCUAAUCCUUGGUGCUGAAUUGAUUGCUAAAGUUAACUAAAGGGGAUUUCACUUGUCUCAUAAUGAAGAUCAGGAUUAAAAUGAUGCUGAGAGUCCUGCUCUCAUGUUUUGCUGUCAAUCAUCUUCUAGCUUCAGAUCUAGCACCAACUUUAAGUAUAAAAAAGGAUAUUCUGGUUAUAGAGGCACACGAUACACUGAAUAUUACAUGCAGCGGACAAAGCCCAGUAAAUUGGACAUGGUCUACAAACAGUAGCAGUAUUGAAAAUCGCAUAUCAGUGAGUGCAUGCAAUGAAAGCACCUAUUGUAGCACACUUACUGUUCCUAAAGUUACAGCAAAUGACAGUGGAGUUUACUUGUGUUUUUAUGAAGACAGCAACACUACCUCAAGUGUUCAUGUUUAUAUUCUGGACAAAAGAUCACCAUUUGUUCAUUCUGUAAGUGCGCAACCCCUUGCAGUAUAUAUCACCGGCAACAAAACUGUGACAGUACCAUGUCUGGGCACGAGACCUGAUCUCAAUGUAACACUAAACACGAAAUAUCCAGCAAAUAAAUACAUUCCUGAUGGUGAUAGCACACGCUGGGACAGUAAAACAGGAUUUACCAUCUUAAGUGAAAUGAUAAAGUUUUCAAGCAUGGUCUUCUGUGAAACUAAAUUUGAUGGACAGAUCUACAAAUCUGCUACUUAUUUAGUUGCAGUUGUAGGGUUUAAAAUCAAUAGCUUAUCCAUAAGCCCGCAUCCUCAGGUACAGCUGGCUGUUGGAGAGAGACUGAUUCUGACAUGCACUGCUCACACUCCCCUUAAUGUCAGGGUUGAAUUUGUCUGGGAGUACCCAGCAUCAAAGGGAAAAAAAGCGUUUUUUAAAGGAGACAAGAAAGUCAAGCAUCUGGAACUUGAGCUCUCAGGCACCCUUGUCAUAGAGAACGUAACCUUGGAAGACGAGGGAGUUUAUAAAUGCAUAGCUAAUACUGGUCUUAUAGCAAAGAGCAACAGUACAGCUGUCAUUAUACAUGAAAAGCCAUUUAUUGCUCUAGAUGAUAAAUUGGAAUCUGUUGUUGUGACUAAAGUUGGGCAUCGAGUUAAAAUUCCGGUGAAGUUUACGUCGUAUCCAGCCGCUGAAGUAAAAUGGCUAAAAAACGGAAAGCCGCUACACUCGAGUGGUACACUCAAAACUGGUUACACACUAUCCAUUAUCAACACAGCUGAAGAAGAUGCUGGAAACUACACAGUUGUUCUUAUCAACCCUCUAACACUGGAUCAGCAGAGUCACACAUUUCAGCUCGUUGUACAGGUGCCGCCGCACAUAUGUGAAAAAUCAGUAUUAUCUCCUCUUGAUUCUUACAAAUUCGGCAGACCCUAUGUUCUAACCUGCACAGCUUCUGGAAAUCCUGCGCCUGUGACCAUUCAGUGGAGCUGGCAGUUAGAAGAGGACUGUACUUUCUCUUCACAGCAAUAUGAUCUUGGGAAAAACCCAUAUAGCUGUGCUGCUUGGAAAGACAUUUCUGACAAACAUGGUGGGAAUUCAAUUGAAACAAAUGAAACUCACACAUAUAUUAUAGAUGGUAAAAUUAAGACAGUGAGCAAGCUGGUCAUUCGGGUAGCCAAUGUAUCUGCUGUAUACAAAUGCUCUGCCACUAACCAAGCUGGAGAAGAUGAAAGAAUUAUUGCAUUUCAUGUUACAAGAGGACUUGAAAUUAACGUGCAUCCUCAGCGCAAGCUAACUGAACAAGAUAAUGUGACCUUGAGAUGCUCUGCUGAUAGGUUUACCUAUGAGCAUUUGCUGUGGUACAAGCUAAGCCCCAGUACAAUGGAAAAGCAUCGUAGUGGUUGGCCAAUGCCACUGUGCAGAAAUUUGGAUGCUAUCACAAAGCUGAAGGCUACAAACUCAGAAAUUGAUGGGGAUAAUGUAACUUCAGAUCUCCUCUUGCAUAAUGUGUCCUUAAAUGAGCAGGGAAACUAUGUAUGUAUGGCCCAGGACAAAAAAACCCAGAAGAGAUACUGCUUGAUCAAGCACAUUACUAUUCUAGCACAAAAACUACCAAAAAUUCUAAAUGAUUUGAAGAAUCAAACUACAAAUGUUAGUGAAACUGUGGAAGUGACGUGCCAAGCCACUGGGAUUCCUGACCCACAAAUCCUUUGGUUUAAAAAUAAUGACAUUCUCAUUGGAGACUCAGGAAUCAUUUUAAAAGACCAGAAUAGAACAUUAAGCAUACAAAGAGUCAGGAGACAAGAUGAAGGCUUCUAUUCCUGCAGGGCCUGCAAUGACCUGGGAUGCACUGUGGCUGAAAUGUACUUUGCAGUAAACGGCUCAGAAGAAAAAACAAACCUUGAGCUCAUUAUUCUGAUUGGAACUGGGGUGAUUGCACUGUUCUUUUGGUUGCUUCUUGUAAUCAUCCUGCGGACCGUAAAGAGGCCCAAUGGAGGGGAACUAAAAACUGACUACUUGUCAAUAAUUAUGGACCCUGGAGAAGUUCCAGUAGAAGAACUGUGUGAAAGACUGUUCUAUGAUGCCAACAAAUGGGAGUUCCCAAGAGAUCGUCUAAAGCUUGGAAAACCUUUAGGCCGUGGGGCUUUUGGACAAGUCAUGGAAGCUGACGCAUUUGGCAUUGACACAACUGCUACUUGUAAGACUGUCGCAGUAAAAAUGCUGAAAGAUGGGGCAACUUCAAGUGAGCAUCUGGCAUUAAUGUCUGAGCUAAAAAUACUCAGCCAUAUUGGUCACCACCUUAAUGUUGUAAAUUUACUUGGAGCGUGCACAAAACCAGGAGGUCCGUUGAUGGUGAUUGUGGAAUACUGCAGAUUUGGAAAUCUCUCUGCUUACCUAAGAAGCAAAAGGAGUGAAUUUGUUUUAUACAAGACCAAAUCUUCCCGUUACAGACACUGCAAACAACACUAUGUGGGUGAAAUUCCGGGGGAUCUCAAGCGUCGUUUAGAUAGCAUCGCAAGUAGUCAGAGCUCAGCAAGUUCUGGGUUUGCAGAAGAGAAAUCACUCAGUGAUGUAGAAGAAGAAGAAGUUUCUGAAGACAGGAAUCCUUUAUGUAUGCAGGAUUUGAUCUCCUAUAGCUUCCAGGUGGCACGAGGCAUGGAGUAUAUGGCAUCCCGUAAAUGCAUCCACAGGGAUUUGGCAGCUCGAAAUAUACUUUUGGCUGAAAAUAAUGUGGUCAAAAUCUGUGACUUUGGUUUGGCAAGAGACGUGUACAAAGACCCUGAUUAUGUCCGUAAGGGAGAUGCUAGACUUCCUCUUAAAUGGAUGGCACCAGAAACUAUUUUCGAUAGAAUAUAUACAACUCAAAGUGAUGUGUGGUCUUUUGGAGUUCUUCUUUGGGAAAUAUUUUCAUUAGGAGCAUCCCCAUAUCCAGGAGUGCAGAUUGAUGAAGAGUUUUGCAGACGAUUAAAGGAAGGCACAAGAAUGAGGGCACCAGAUUAUGCAACAGUUGAGAUAUAUCAGACAAUGCUGGAUUGCUGGCAUGGAGAUCCUAUACUAAGACCUGUCUUUUCUGAGCUAGUGGAACAUUUAGGAAAUAUCUUGCAGGCAAAUGUGCAACAGGAUGGUAAAGACUACAUUCCAAUUAUGGUGUCUUUGAACAUUGAAGAAGAUUCUGGACUCUCUUUACCGACCUCACCUGUUUCCUGUAAGGAGGAAGAGGAAAUAUGUGAUGCAAAAUUCCAGUAUGAUAACACAGCUGGAAUACGGAAACUUCAAAACAAUAAGAGAAAAAGCCGACCAGUUAGUGUCAAGACAUUUGAGGAUAUUCCUGUAGAACCUACAAUGAAUAUAGUCCAGGAUGACAACCAGACAGACAGUGGAAUGGUUCUUGCAUCAGAAGAACUUAAGACACUGGAUACAAAAACAGAACAAGCCCAGUUUUUUAGUUUGUUGGUGGCCAGUAAAAGCAAGGAGUCCGUUACAUCAGGAUCUUCUAACCAAACCAACCAGUCUGGGUACCAUUCAGAUGACACUGAAAUGACUACAGAUUCCACUGAAGAGACACAACUUCUCCAGAAGGCCAACUCAUCAUUCUACGUAGACAAGAUUCCACAUGAAACAGUUGUGAUGUUGAAUACAUCUGUUUAGACAAAUUGAUAAAACCAAUGUUGCCUUACGUUACAGAAACUCAUGUGACUCCAAGACUUUAUAAGAUUGUAAUUAAUGUACAAAUUAGAUAAUCCAGAAAACUACAAAAGUAAAUGUGUGUAGUUCUCUGUCAUGGGAAACAUCACUAGCCAGUGGAGACACUCACAUGCUAAACAGAUUGGAAAUACAUCAUUACAGCUAAAUUCAUGGCAUUGCCUUCAAAAGUAUUUCAAAACAUAUCUAGUUGCUAUGACUAACAACAGGGUAUGGAUGCUUUAUGAGCCUUAUUUUAUAUAUUGACACUGAGUGUCUAGAAUGUUAACUUCUUCAUCGCUAGGAGGACAAGAAGUGUGUUCAUGUUUCUUCCAUGAGGUUAUAAGGAAACACUAAUUAAGAUAUCAGCAUUUUAAUUCACCAUUGUCCGUGAGUUUCAAUGGAAAAAAUUAAUGGUAACAACAAAACCUGCACUGCGUUUUAACACAUUUUUAUUUUUAUUGUGGUUAUUUUUCAUAAACGGACCAACCAGCUAAUGUAAAUAUUGUAAUCAGUACAUAUUCUAGCAUUCAGUAUUUAUUUAGUAGUGUUUAGAAAUUGUUUUAUGUGUAUAUACUAAGUCAUCAUUCCAUAUAUAGGUUUUAUUAUGUAUUAAUGUAUUUUCUACAUAUAAGAACUUCACAUGUAUUGCGGUAGGCAGUCUAGAUGUAUACUGUAAAAUGGGAGAGUUUUCUGUGCUCUAAAACUGCACUAAAUCUCUUAAAACUAUCAGUAUUAUAAAUAUUAUAAAUAGGGUAUAAGAUGUAAAAUAAAAAAGCAAUACGUUUUACUUUCUGCAGCAUUACCAACUGGAGAAUUAGAUACAGAUUUAGAGUUUACAGCACUAUUGGCACCUUAAUUAAUACACAGAAUCCUUCCUUUUUGUACCAUUGUGUACCAUUGUGUUUGCUACAAAUAUGUCUCUGGCCACCAGUUGGACACUGUAGUAAUUUCAACCUACUUGGGCCCAAUCACUUCACCACUACUAGUGCAUUCACUAUUGUCUUCCAAAAAUUUAUAUGUGAAUGAGGAUCUAAAUAGACUGUAUAUUCCCUGCACUGAGCAGCCCGAUGUAAAAAAAUCAGACUGUAAAAAUUAUACAUUUUAUUGGAAGUUUUGUUAUGGGAGACAGCUCCUCUGACCUAAUGACAAAUCUGUCAUUAUAUGUAGUACACACAGGAAAUUAUUUAUACUCAAACUUCAUUAAAUAAUUGGAUUUUAUUAUAUAUUCAAGUGUAUUGCUUUAUCAUAAUAGGAUGGUGCCGGGGUAUAUCAUACUGAUUAAUAUAGUGUUAAGAGACCUUAUGUAGGUUUCACUUAUGUCUAUAAAUUACAUUUGUAGGUUUCUUAUAUUGGAUGUUCUAUUGACACAUAGGGGCAUAUGUAUCAAGCUCUGAAUGGAGCUUGAUGCCCCGUGUUUCUGGAGAGCCUGCAGACUCGCCAGAAACAGCAGUUAUGAAGCAGCGGUCACAAAGACCGCAGCUCCAUAACCUGUCCGCCUGCUCUGAGCAGGAGGACAGACAUCGCCGGAAAUCAGGUUGAUUAACACCCCCCCCAGGGGGCAGCUUUGCACCAGCAGCUCUUGUGAGCUUCUGGUGCAAUGCUGAAUACGGCGAGCGUAUUGCUCGCCGCAUUCAGCGAUGUCUGUCGGACCUGAUCCGCACUGUCGGAUCAGGUCCGACAGACAUUGAUAACUAGAGGCCUAAAUGUGCUUGCUAUAGUGAGUGUAAUAUGCUGUUCUAUGUUAAUUUCUCUCCUUGGUACAUUUAAGUUAGGAGUAAACAGAAUAUUGAAAAGUUGCACUUGCUGCCAAUGGUAAUUAAAGAAUCCCACAAGCACAAACAUGCAUAUACAUGAAGAGAUUCACUUCUAGCAUUGAUAGAGUGCCUCUGGUAUGUGUACUAGGGAUGGGCGAAUGUUUCGCAACAUUCGAAAAACGGCAAGAAUUUUAACACAUUCGUUCGUUCAAAUCGAAUUUCGAAUGUAUACAUAACAAUCUAACAUUCGAUUUUCGAAUGUUCGGUUUCGAAUUUGAUGAUUACAUUCGAAAAUAUUCUUUUAGAAAAAUUCGAAUUUAGAUUGUAAUAGUAUUUCUAAUGCUUUUUCUUUAAAUGUAAUAUUCGAAUUAUGCAAUAUUCUAUAUAGAAACAUUCGAAAUUAUAUAUUUGUAACUAUUAUGUAUCAGUUUACUAGAUUCCCGCCCUAUCACAUGAACUAUUGAACUUCUGAAUAGUAUUUGUUAAAUAGAAUGUUAAAUUCGAAAUUUCGAAUGUGGACAUUCGAUAUAAUUAUAAACAUUCGAAUUUGAAAGUGACAUUCGAAAACUGUAAAUAACAUUCGAUUAUAGAAUUUUUAAGAAUAUUCGUUCUUAUCAACAUUCGGAUUUAUAAUUCGAAUUUCAGUAAUAACAUUCGUUCUACAUUCGAAAUUAGAAAAUUUACACAUUCGCCCAUCCCUAAUGUGUACCCAGGAAUGUGCAUUUGUUCCUUAGAUAUAAGAAAGACAAUAGGUGUCACAUGCUUUAUGUUAACCACCAUCUGCCUAACACUCCAUGAAUCAGUUUGGUUCUGAUCAAUUAAUUUUUUUAACUGUGCUAGGGAUAACAUAAAUGAUCUUAUUGAUUAUGUGAAAUAUGCAAAGUUGUUCCAUUGGUUACAUGCUGUUUUACAACAUCAAAAAAACAUAGAGUUCCUGAAAAGCCAUAUUUUAAGUAAUAUAUUUAGUUCUUGUAGUGUAUCUUGUAUGUGAAAAGCAACAAAAAAAAAGGUUCUGUAUAUUUAUGGUCCAUUUUAAUGGAAGCAAAUGUAAUAUAUAAAUAUUUAUAAAUAGUUGAGUUUUUAUAUGUAAAUAAAAGAUACUAUUUGAUACUAGUACAAUUGUUUUAUUAUCUUGAAUAGUUUUUAUCAAUUAAAAUAUCUGCCUUUUCAAUUAAAAGUAUUUUUUAUUAUAAAAAAAAUAUACUGAAUGAAUGUAUUUUUUUUUAUUUAGUUUUCUAAAAAAGUGAAUUCUUAGUAUUUGAUUAUGUCUCUCCAAACUUGCAUGAUUUAGAUAGAGCUAAUUUUAAGACACUUUUAAAUUCAUUUCUAUUUUCAAAUGUGCUUCGUUCUCUUAGUCUCCCUUGAUGAAAAAUAAUACACACAUAUCCUACACUAGAGGGAGAUAGCUGCUGAUUGGUGCAUGCAUACAUUUGUCUCUUGUGAUUGGCUAACUAGAUGUGUUCGGCUAGCUACCUGUAGUGCAAUGCUGUUCCUUCAGCAAAGGAUAACAAGAGAAUGAAGCAAAUUUGAUAAUACAACUUGUAUGUUCUAUCAAAAUCAUAAAAGAAAAUGUUGGGGUUUUCUGCCCCUGAAGUCUUAGAUAAGCUAUUUAGCAAAUGUAUUAGGUAGAUAAUAUGUGUUUUAAAAUAUUUGUACUGUUAAACUACUAUAAUUUGUAUUACUGUAUUAUGUAAAAUAGUUUGUAUUCCAAUAUUAAAGAGAAAUUAUUUUUGCAAAAA